AUGGGAUCUUUACCGAAGAAGACUCUGCAACGAUACUUGUCACAGCUUCAGGAACAUCCUUUAAGAACAAAGGUUAUUACUGCUGGUGCAUUGUCCGGUGUUAGCGAUGUUGUUUCGCAGAAACUAUCUGGCAUUCAGAAGAUUCAGCUGAGAAGGGUUCUUCUUAAAGUGAUAUUUGCGGGUGGUUUUCUCGGACCAGCUGGGCAUUUCUUUCAUACGUUUCUAGAUAAGAUUUUUAAAGGGAAGAAGGACACAAAGACUGUUGCAAAGAAGGUACUCGUGGAACAACUGACAUUGUCACCAUUGAACCAUUUGCUUUUCAUGAUCUAUUAUGGAGUAGUCAUUGAAAAAACUCCCUGGAAUCUUGUUAAGCACAGGAUCAAGAAAACUUACCCGACAGUCCAGCUUACAGCAUGGACGUUUUUUCCCGUCGUGGGAUGGAUAAACUACAAGUAUGUGCCACUUCACUUCCGGGUCAUCUUGCACAGCCUUGUCGCGUUCUUCUGGGGAAUUUUCCUGACACUGCGAGCAAGGUCAACAACACUGGCUUUGGCUAAGGCUAAGUGA